CAAAGAAAACCGAGUUUGUAUGUUGUUCAUAUGCCAGCAAGAGUUCACUCUUCACCAGAAAUAGAGGAGAGUUACCUGGUUUUUGUCUUCCUCCGCUGAGAACAAAUUCCUGAUUUUAAGUUCACCAAAAAACAAGCCCCAGUUUAGAUUACACCAAGGCCAACGUUAGCACAGAGAGAAAGAAACAGUACAAGCCUUUAAACAAAGAAAAGACAGACAAACCAAACUUUAUCUAUCACCACUACUAUAACUUCCUUAACAGCCUUUAUCUGAUGUCAAAUCUUUCAGGUGAUGAGGGAAGUUUCUCUUCAGGAGAAGAACAUCAAGCCGAUAAGCAGCCACAACAGCUGCAGAGUCAGUCCCAUGGCUCCAAUUUCGCUGCAACUAAUACCAAUGGUUCUAGCUCCCAACAGCAGCAGCAACCUGGAGCCAAGAAGAAGAGGAAUUUACCAGGAACUCCAGAUCCAACUGCAGAGGUCGUUGCUCUCUCACCAACGACGCUCAUGGCGACUAACAGAUUUGUAUGUGAAAUUUGCAACAAGGGAUUCCAGAGGGACCAGAACCUCCAAUUGCAUCGAAGAGGUCAUAACCUUCCUUGGAAGCUUAAGCAAAGAACCACAACUGAGGUGCGGAAGCGUGUCUAUAUAUGUCCCGAGCCAACCUGCGUCCACCACAACCCUGCUCGUGCAUUAGGGGAUCUUACAGGGAUCAAGAAGCAUUAUAGCCGGAAACACGGCGAGAAAAAAUGGAAAUGUGAUAAGUGCUCAAAGAAAUAUGCAGUGCAAUCUGACUGGAAGGCUCAUCAAAAAACUUGCGGCACCAGGGAAUACAAAUGUGACUGUGGAACCAUCUUCUCAAGGAGAGACAGCUUCAUCACUCACAGGGCUUUCUGCGAUGCGCUGGCAGAAGAGAACAACAAGGUGAAUCAAGGCUUGAUGAACAGCAUGGGACCAAACAUGCAAGGCCAAAUGCCCGACUUCAUGUCGUCAAUGCCCAUGAACCCCAACGCUAACACAUCCAUGGGGCUGUCCGAAUUCAACAAUUUUGACCCCAAAAACCCACUAAAGUCACUCCCUCAGGACCUCGUGCCCAUGCCGUUCAAGCCCACGAACAUGGUGGGUGGCAUGUUUUCGAGCAGUUCAGGAACUCUUUUCGGCAGUCCAAAGGGCAUAUCCUCGUCAUGCUCCGGCCUUCAGCUCAGUUCGAAUACGCCUUCAAGCUUCAACUACCUUCAAGAAGGCAAAAACGGAAGCCAACUUUCCGGAUCGCCCCACAUGUCGGCAACCGCAUUGUUGCAAAAAGCAGCCCAAAUGGGGGCAACCGCCAGUAACACCAUUAAUUCUCCCAUGAUGCAGAAGAGCUUCGUCAGCAGCAUGGCCGGUCCCGAUCAAAUUGCUGGGCCCAAAUCAUCAGCAUACUCUUCGAUGCAGCAGCAUAAUAUUAACAACAGCAAUAACGCUUCGUACGAGAACUUCACAAAUCAUCAACCAGACCAAUCAGGGUUAGCAGGGCUUCACAAUGCAGGAGGGUUUAACCCGCACCUCUUGCACAAGGGCCCAUCACAAGAAACCAAUCAUCAUCAUCAUCAGUUGUUUGAUCACUCUGGAGAUGCUGCGGCUGCUGGGACCUCAGCUAUGAACGACUUGGGAAUGUACAGCGGAAUUCUACUGGGAAGCGAUCAAAACCUGGGAUUCAUAAAGGGAAUGGAUCGCCGCGGCGGUGGAGACGAUAGCGAUAGUCCUGCAGGCCUCAUGCAGAGUAGAGGUUCGAUGAGCAGGAGUCCAGCUGCCGGGCCAACCAGAAUGCGGGGGGGAAACGGGAACGAUGUGACGACAGUGGAUUUCUUGGGGAUUGGAGUAUCCCGGCCUCCAAAUGUACAUGAGCAGCAACAGAGGCUGGACCAGUUGGAGGCAAUGAGCCAACAUCGGAUGCAAGUGAUGGACCCUUUUCACCAGCAACUAUCCCACGGCCAUGGGGAACCCGCUCACGUUGAAAAGCCAUUAUGGGAUGUUUGAGAAAUGCUAAUGAUCCAGAAGAGAAGAGGUACGUAUAUGGUGCAAAGUGCAAGACGAGGGUCAACCUAGAUAGCUAAUUACAAAAAAGUUUGACAGUGCAAAAUUCAAAUUCAUAUACGUCAACCAAAAAAAAAAAAAAAUUACUCACUAGAGGAAGACAUGACUGGUAUGACUGUGAGUUUCCUGCAUGCAUGUCCCUACGCCACAGCUGUAAUGCUUGAAAUAAAGCCCAUUUAGAAAUUAAUUCAACGAUUCAAUUUCUCUACAGUAACAGUAAGACGACCUUUUUGUUUUCCCAU